AUGGCAGCGGCACUCUGCUCUCCCCUUCUAGAAAAAAUAAAGGAAGAAAUUUCUGUUGUUAUGCAUGAGGCUCACAACACCAAGUUAAAACCACUACGUUCCCUAUAUCUGAGAAUGAUGACGAGCAAGGUAGUCAUAUAUUUGACAGUGAGGAACGUUCCUGCUUUGGGAUGCAACUAUGAUUUGUUUUUGCCUCUUAUGGAGAUGUUGAGGAAAUCUGAAAUGACUCUGUUCAACUGGACAAAGGUCACCCAAACCAAAGGAAUUGAUGGAAGCGAUGCUCUAGGCUAUGACCAUGAUAACUAA